AUGCACCGUGAUGACUGCCACAAAGCGGGGACAGCAUCUCGGGAGGCGCGAGGAGCGGCACCAUCUUUUCCAGCAGCCGCCGAAAGCUCGCUUGUAAUGGAAACUGGGGGCGAUGCCAGCACAGCCCCUCCGCGGAGGGGAGGAGGCGGCGGCGGCGGCAGCAGCGGCGGCGAGUUACCAACUGCUGGUGUAGCAGAAGCCGCCGGUCUCCCAGCGGCCGCCGCUCGCCCACCGGCUCCUGCGGGGGGAAAGGACAUGAAUAUGGAUGAAGGGCCAGGCAGCGCUAGUCGAGGCGGCGGCGGCGGCGUGGAUCCUGCUGCAGUGCCGAGAGGAGGCAGAGCCGCGGCCCCCGCCCCCUUUCCCCGCGUGCCUUACGCCAAAGAUCCCAAAACAGCCCACCAGCGCUUUCUGCGGAGGAGUGUGGUGGAUUCCGAUCAGGAGGAAAUCCCCUUUGAGCCCGCCGAGCCGGAGCAGCAGCAGCAGCCGCCGCCGAAGAAGGUCCUCUUCCUCUCCAAAACCAGGCGGAUAAUCGCGGAGAGGGUGAAAGCGGGGCAGAGGCCCGUGGUGGUGGAGGAGACGCGGCCGGUAGAGGAGCCGGCCGGCCAGGUGAAGGAGGCGGCCGCCGAGAGGCUCCCGGCAGGUGACCAGGCGAAGGAAGGCGGCGGCGUUGGCGGCGGCGGCAAGGAGGAUGCCGGGAAAAAAGAGGUGCCCGAAUCUUCCAAGGAUCAGAGCAAGUCCAAGAAAGAGGAGGCCGAAGAGGAGGAGGAGGAGGCCGAUAUGAAAGCGGUGGCCACCUCCCCCGACGGCAGGUUUCUAAAGUUUGACAUUGAACUUGGCAGAGGAUCUUUCAAAACGGUCUAUAAGGGGCUCGACACGGAAACGUGGGUCGAGGUUGCUUGGUGCGAACUUCAGGAUCGAAAGCUGACAAAAGUGGAACGGCAAAGGUUUAAAGAAGAAGCAGAAAUGUUGAAAGGUCUUCAGCACCCAAAUAUUGUUAGGUUUUAUGAUUUUUGGGAGUCGUGUUUAAAAGGAAAAAAGUGUAUUGUGCUGGUAACAGAACUGAUGACCUCCGGAACUCUGAAAACCUAUUUGAAGAGAUUUAAAGUGAUGAAACCAAAAGUCCUUCGUAGCUGGUGUCGGCAAAUCCUAAAAGGUCUUCUUUUUCUGCACACUCGGACACCACCAAUUAUUCAUAGAGAUUUAAAAUGUGACAAUAUUUUUAUAACUGGGCCAACAGGAUCUGUGAAGAUAGGAGAUUUGGGUCUGGCAACUCUUAAGAGAACGUCAUUUGCCAAAAGUGUCAUAGGUACUCCAGAAUUUAUGGCCCCAGAAAUGUAUGAAGAACACUAUGAUGAAUCAGUGGAUGUAUAUGCUUUUGGAAUGUGUAUGUUGGAAAUGGCUACCUCAGAAUAUCCAUAUUCAGAAUGCCAGAAUGCUGCUCAGAUUUAUAGGAAAGUAACUUCUGGUGUCAAACCAGCAAGUUUUGAUAAAGUUACUGAUCCUGAAAUUAAGGAGAUAAUUGGAGAGUGUAUUUGCAAAAAUAAGGAGGAGAGAUAUGAAAUUAAAGAUUUAUUAAGCCAUGCCUUCUUUGCUGAGGAUACAGGGGUGAGAGUGGAACUUGCAGAAGAAGACGAUGGUAGAAAAUCCUCUAUUGCCUUAAGACUCUGGGUCGAAGAUGCUAAGAAGCUGAAAGGGAAAUCCAAAGAUAAUGGAGCCAUUGAGUUUACUUUUGAACUGGAGAAAGAAACUCCUGAUGAUGUUGCACAAGAAAUGGUUGAUGCUGGAUUCUUUCAUGAAAGUGAUGUCAAAAUAAUUGCAAAAUCAAUACGUGACAGAGUAGCCUUAAUACAGUGGAGAAGAGAGAGGAUAUGCCCCAUGUUGCAUUCAGAAGAUCAUCGGGAUCCUGAAAGCUUAGAAAAAAUGAAGGUCACACAAGCACAACCACUUCAGAUUACACACACUUCUCAUGCUGGUCAUCAGAUUCCAUCAGAACCAGAUGAGCCUGAAGUGGACCAGCAUCUUUCUCAACAAAAUCUGCCCACAAGCAUCACUUCACUUGCAUCUGAUAGCACAUUUGACAGUGGUCAAGGAUCAACUGUGUACUCAGACUCCCAGAGUAGCCAGCAAAGUGUGAUCUACUCAUCUAUUCCUGAUGCAAUACCUCCAGCUGUUCAGCGUGUUUAUAGCCCACCUCUCAGUGAGAGCCAGACUUUGCCACAUGGUCUUCAGCAGAUAGGGCCCUACCAGCAACCCUCAAUACCUGGACUUUCAGUGGUUCAGGGUCCAACUGCUGUUGUGCCUCUGAGGCCACAACUUUAUCCAGAACCAGCAAUUCCAAUUCCAUUUCCCACCUCAGUUGCCCCUGUGCAGAUGAGACAACCUCAACCUGUAUUAGUCAGCCAGCAGCCAUCCAUCUCAAGCCCAGCUUCUUUACAGCAAGUUCUCAGCAACCAGCCCAUGUGCUCAGUACAGCAACCUGCACCUCACCUGUUGUCCCAGUUUCAAACACCCGGUUCUCACAUGGCAGCUACCAGUGCACCACUGGCACCUCUGCAGGUCCCCCCUGUGCAGUUGCUUCCCCCAGUUCCUCCUGGUCAAAUUCCUCAGUUUCCUGUUAUUUCUGCAGUUACCCCUCUGGCAGGACUUGACAGUCAUCCUUCAAACCUGUCUGAUAUACCUGCUGCAAAUAUGCCCCCCAUCCCUGCUCCUUCUCAGUAUUUUCCUUCAGCUGUGAUAGUACCAAGCCUUCCUGUGAACUCGGCUCUGCCACUGUCAUCAAAUUCCCCUGCCCUCCCCAUGCAAGCAGUCAACCUUCCUCAUACUACUGUGGCUUCCUUGGUCUUACCCUGCCAAACAAUUGUGCCAAAUAUGCCGGCUGCUUCAGUACCAUUACUUUCUAUGCCUCCACCAGGAGUGUCAGUUUUACCAACACAUCAUGUGGUAGCCCAGCUCUCACAACAACAAAUGUACCAGGCUACCCUUCAGCAGAUAAUACAGAACGAAGCUGUGUCUUCUCCCCUCCACACUCAGAAUAUGCAAGCUGUUUCACAACAGCAGCAGAUGCUGCCUUCACUUCCACAGUCACUUCAGCCAAACAUAAUUCAUCCUUCAGAACAGGCUAUGUCUGCAUCUGGGGCUGGUAAUCAGAUUAUUGGACAUCCUCAGUAUGCUGUGGAUAUUGGAACCCAUAUACCUGCAUUGCCAGUGCAGGCUUCUGCCAUUAUAUCACCACCAUUGCAAUUGCAGCCUGAAACAAUGCUGCCCUGUAUUGCUUCAGAUGGACUUUCACAAAGCAGUCUUGGCACAACUAAUUCAGCAAUGCUGGCAGAUCACGGACUGCCCCUUCAGGGUUCUGCUUACCUGCAAUCCCAGUCAGACAGUCACCAGCUUCCUGGCCAGCAGAUUCAAACUACGUGUCCAGCUGCCCCACUAGCUUCAGAACCUCCUCAAGAGGAGCAAGCAAUACUAGAGAAACAGCAGUCAUUGUCACAGAGCUGCGAAAGUUAUAUGAGUCCUGAUGUUGCUUCUGGUAAAGAGAUGAGUGACAGUUUUGAAGGAAUAAGUGGAGGUGGGAAACAAGAAGGAAAACCUUCAAAGAAACAUAAAAAAUCAGCACGUGCUCGUUCACGCCAGGAAAAAUCCAAUAGGCCCAAGCUUACCAUUUUAAAUGUAUGCAAUACAGGGGAUAAGAUGGUGGAAUGCCAACUAGAAACACACAAUCACAAGAUGGUCACUUUUAAAUUUGAUUUAGAUGGUGACGCUCCAGAGGAAAUUGCUACAUAUAUGGUUGAAAAUGAAUUUAUACUACCAACUGAGAAAGAGAUAUUUAUUGAGCAACUGAAAGAAAUCAUUGACAAAGCAGAAGAUAUGCUUAGUGAAGAUACUGAAGGAGAACGAAGUUCUGAUCAAGGUGUGAGCCCUCAGCAAGAUAUUUACAAGCUGGAAAUCAAUGAGGAGAAUCGCCAAUCCCAUGCAAGAAUGCCCAUCUACCAACAGAAUGUUCUACAUACUGGGAAACGUUGGUUUAUCAUUUGUCCCGUUGUGGAAAAUCAAGCUGCUGAAGUGCCCGAAUUCUCUUCUCAUCCUCCUCAAAGUACAAAGCAGUCUGAAGCCCCAGGCCUAGAGCUGUUGGAUGAUCAGCAACAGAGCUCUGCAGUGACAGAAAAACAAACAAACAUAUCUUAUCAACAUCUUUCUAAUCAACUUAACUCCAAUGAAUGUCCCAGGGGAACUCCUCCUCCUUCUCCUUUAACACAAGUUUCUGUUCCCUCUUCAUUAACUUCCCUUUCUCAGGUCCAUCCAGAAACAUUCACCGCAAUUCCUCCAAUGUUAGCUUCAACCACACUAGAAAAAGUUGCUGAAAGUACAGGUCAGCUACAAUGCCCUUUGCUACAACCAGACUUAGCCAGUCAGUGUGACACUCUUGCCCAUAGUACAGCUACAUCUGAAGAACAUUUUGAGGAUAAGGUCCUUCUAAAUGCCUCACAGCACACACUACAAAAGAUAGAUGAGAAAAAUUGUUUUCCCAAUACAGAACAUGAACACAGCACAGCUGGACUGCCAAAACCAUUUCAGUCUGUUCCUGUGCAGACAACAGAAAGUUCUUUCCCUAUCAUCUCUGAUGCUCCCAUUUUGGAACUUGAGUCUUCAACCCAAAUCCCCAGUUUGUCAGACAACACUCAGCUUGGCCAGAUAUCACAUUCUUUUGUAGAUCAGACACCUCCCAUGUCCACUGUCUCUGAACCUCCAGUUUUAGCAACAUCUCAACUUUCAAGUCCUCCUCACCUCUCAACAGCUGUAUCCCAGUUGCAUAUGCCAACCCAGUCCCAGCCGGUUGCAUCCACUGGCUCUGCCAUGACUGCACCCCAACCACCUUGUUUGGUAGAAUCAGAUGGCGAAGGACCACCAAGAGUUGAUUUCACUGACAACACAAUAAAAAGUUUGGAUGAGAAACUUCGCAACCUGCUGUAUCAAGAGUAUAUUCCAACAUCAUCUGCUUCAGCAGCAACACCAGACCAAGUGGAUGGUGAAUUUAAUCUGGCAUCUUUGCCUGCACUUGUGUUAGAUUUGAAAAUUCCUGGAGCUAAAGAUCAACCCUCUCCAAUUCUGGAAAAAUCCGAAGUUAUUUGCACCGGGAUUCAGCAUUCUGAAAUAAACAAACUAUUAUCAAGCAAAGCAGGUCAAGAUGCAAAUGUCAGUUCACCUACUACUAUCCUAACAUCAGGAUACACUCAGGUUGUUUCUUCUUCACUUACAGCAGACCAGAAGGACAUUGCUUACAGGAAUGAAAAGGAAAAUGUCAAUGUAUUACUUGAAAAGAAAUCUCAAAAAGAUGGUUCUAUAGACUCCGAUGUUAAUGUCAAAGAAGCUGAAACACCAGCAAAAACUAUAGGCAGAUUUUCAGUGAUCAGCACUCAAGAUGAAUUAACUUUAUCAUCUGUGCAUUCCCUGAGGUAUUCUGCACCCCCAGAUGUUUAUCUGGACCAUCAGCCUUCUAGCCCUGAUACAAAGUCACCUCUACGUCGCGUGCAGACAGCUUCCUCUUUUGAUGUUCUUUAUGGAAAGGAUUCUAGUGAUUCUGGAGAUGAAUCUCUCCUAGGAAAACAAGAUGCAUCUCCAUUGUCACCUCAGAGCAGUAGACUGGGAAAUGACAACAUUAAAAAGACUUCAUGUAUUCUGCAAAAGUCAGCAAAGUCAAGUUCACAGGGCCUUAAUUCUCCAAAUGGAUCAAAAAUCCCAACUAUCAACAUAACUUCUUUCCAUUCUCAGUCAUCGUACGUGAGUAGUGACAAUGACUCAGAGUUUGAAGAUGCAGACAUGAAAAAAGAAUUGCAGAACCUGAGAGAAAAACACAUGAAGGAAAUUGCUGAGUUGCAGUCCCAACAGAAAAAAGAAAUAGAAACUUUGUACCUUCGUCUGGGAAAACCACUACCACCCAAUGUCGGAUUUCUUCAUUCUGCUCCACCAAGUGGCCGCCGAAGAAGAACAAGCAAGCACAAAUUAAAAACUGGGAAAUUGCUAAACCCCGUUAUCCAGCAGCUCAAAACAUCAAGUACAAGUAUGUUUAAAAGCAAUAUAUCAGAGCAUAAAGACCCUUUGGUUAAGGGAAGCACUAGAGCUCUAACAGACUCUACUGAAGCAACCGGACUGACUGUGUCCACAUCAGCCAUACUUGAGAGCUCAGUUCAGACUCAGCAACCUUGUUCUGUCAAGGCUUCAUUGUCCUCUGAUAUUUGCUCUGGAGUAGCUUCUGAAGGAGGUGAUGUCCGUGGAAAUUCUGGCCAAGGCUGGACGGUUUUCCACCAAACGUCUGAGAGAGUGACCUAUAAAUCUAGUAGCAAACCUCGUACCAGAUUCCUCAGUGGACCUGUGUCUUUGUCCAUCUGGUCCACCCUGAAACGACUAUGUCUAGGCAAAGAUCACAGUAGUAGAUCCUCAACAAACAGCCUUGUAGCAUACCCAGAUCCUCUGCCACAAACAACAAUACAGGUUCAGGUACAAGCCAACAACAGUAACAACAAGAAAGGAACCUUCACAGAUGAUCUCCACAAAUUGGUGGAUCAAUGGACAAGCAAAACUGUGGGAGCUGUGCAAGCAAAGCCAUCCUUAAACCAACUUAAACAGAAUCAAAAACGGCAAGACAUGGAGCCCAAGGCUAAUCCCAUGCAGACACAGAAUGAGACUUGUGGAGUUAAUGCAGCAAGAACAGGAAUGGGGAAAAAGUGUGUUGUUCCAGUGACUUGUCCACUGUCAGCUGCAUUAACUUCUGGAGUUCCACCAUCCCAGCCAGUGCCUAAGCCAGGUACUCUCCUAACUGGCCCAGUCAAUCCUUAUGUGAUGCCUCUUGGUCAGUAUGGAGGACUUCUCCCUACGACCUUCUUUGGAGUGCCCUGGUCGGGCCCAACCACCCAGCCGGGGAUGAGAGGAGGCCAGAGCAUUGCACAGUUUCCAGCUCUUGGCCCCAAUAGCUUCCAGUUGUUUCCAGUGCCCCUGCAGAGGCCCUAA